CUGAUCAAGCCGUUUUUGCUCAAAAAUGUUGCAUUCGACUUUAUGAGAAUAGCACUAUUUCAUUUUUACUUGAAAUAAAAUCAAAUUGGGACUUUUAUUCGAAUUCGUAAUUUAGUCGAGAGCAUGAGAGUUGGCCCCCUAAGCAACGGGUCUCCUCUCGUAGACAGACCCGUUCGUUCAUUCAUUUUGCUGCGCUGCCUGAAUUUGAUUCAACCAAUCAGAUAGUUGAAUGUCUCCCAAUUAAAUAAAUAUUUUUAUCAUUCGUUUGAGUGAAGAAAGAUUCUACAUUAUUCUACAUUCAUUUUAUUUGACUUUGAAACCCCAGAGUUUCUGUAAUUUUUAAUAAAUAAAAGAAAAGUAGACUGAGCUAGAUUUAGCGAUAAAACUAGUAGCGACAAAAGUAGAUUGAACUGUAAUUACCUAAUAAAGUUUAGAAUUCUCCAGAAUCACGAACAAAAGUGCCUAAUAUUUACAGCUUGUAUUGUUUCUAAUUACAAUAUUAACUUUCGUUUGUUUUUGUCAGUGCUUGUGCUUUACGCGGGUCUUGCCAUGGUCCGAGCUGUUUUCUAGCAUCGUCCAGUCGAGUACAAUAUUUUGCAUGAGGUCACGGCGGUGUGGUGUCCGCAUGGAAGCCCAGCGGACUGCUGACAAAGCGCUGCACACGCUGCGCGCGCAGUUUCGCCGCGCUCUGCCGGAAUGGACCGUGCGCGCCUCACGACGCCGCCGGACUGCACGAACCAUCGGCCGCUCCAAGGAGGACCCCGCGAAACCAUCGAUAAUGCAACCUCGCCCUCGGAGGCCUUAAGCGAACCAGAGACUCCGCGGCCCGCGCCGCGUGCGCUUGCCUCUAUACCUGAGAGCGAACCCUUGCUCCGCGACCCACCUAGUGUCAGUGCUAUUAGUGAAAAUGUCGCGAAGAAAGCCAACGGUCGUCCUCUGCAUGUGCAGUUCGAUGCGCAGUCGCCGCCUGCGCCUGUGUCCAGUUCCAGCUCCAGUUCUAGUUCCUCGGACGAUGAGGAGAUCUCCAUUGCGGAGGCGCGACCCCCCGACGGCGGCUUCGGGUGGGUCGUCGUUUUCGCUUCUUUCCUCGUCAAUCUUAUCGCUGACGGGAUCACAUUCAGUUUCGGAGUGUUCUUCCCGCAUUUCCUCGAGUACUUCGGAGAAGGGAAAGGAAAGACUGCUUGGAUCGCGGGCAUAUUUAUGGCGAUGCCCCUUCUGUCCGGACCGAUCGCUAGUUUUCUUACCGACAGAUAUGGUUGUAGACGUAUGACUAUUUUCGGGUCUAUCUUAGCGACACUUGGAUUUGUAAUUUCCGCCUUUGUAGAUAGCAUGGAGUCGCUAUUCUUGACCUUCGGAAUAAUGGCAGGAUUUGGCCUAAGUUUGUGUUAUGUAGCGGCUGUAGUUAUAGUAGCAUAUUAUUUCGACAAAAAGCGCUCGUUGGCUACAGGAAUAUCUGUAUGCGGGAGCGGUAUCGGAACAUUUAUAUUUGCCCCAUUGACAUAUGUCUUGUUAGAUGAAUAUGGAUGGCGUGGCACCACAUUGAUAUUGGCUGGACUUUUCUUAAACAUUGCCGUUUGCGGCUUGUUGUUCCGGGAUUUACCUUGGACUGCUACUAUGAAUGAAGAGAAAGCCAAAGAGAGGAAACGAAGGAGGGAGAGAAAAAGAAACAAACGCUACGGCUCAUCUGCUGACAGCUUUUCGGAUAGCAAAAGUAGCGCAGCUGGAUCUACUAAAGUGGCAGACGCAGAAGGCGUGGAAACGGUGACUUCACCCAUUGUGCCACAGUUCAGCUCGCUAGUGGACUUACCUACAUACAUGACUGGUGGCGAAGGCGUUUCAUUAGAAGUGUUUGAAAUGAUGUCGAACCGCGGUCGGGCAUACGCUAUGUUAGCGCAAAAUUACCCGGGUGUUAUGUUGCCCUCAAGGAGCUUCAGUGACAGCGGAAGACUUCACGAGCAGUCUCCGCCGAGAGCAUUGAUGUCCCCGACUACUACGUCACCGGGCGCGUUGUCUCCUACGGCUGUGCCUGUGCCGGAUACUAAUAAUACUACUGUUUUAUCUGACAAGACGGCGACGUCUUUGUGGCUUCGCCGCCAGCACGCGAGUGGUGGCUCUACGAAGAAGCCGCCGGCUUUCCUCAAGGACCUGCGAGUGCAUAGACACUCGUUGACGUACAGAGGAGCGAUGCUCAAUAUUAACCGAUACAGACUCCGAGCGUCGUCCUGCCCCAACAUCUUUAGGAAUUCGAUGACUACCAUUGCCAAAGAAAAGGUCCAAUGGUACGCCGGCCUGUGGGACUUCUGGGACCUCGUGGUGGACGUGCUAGACUUCUCGCACUUUCUGAACCCGGCUUUCCUCGUGUUCGCCAUCUCCAACUUCCUGCUGUACAUGUGGUACGACGUGCCGUACGUGUAUAUAGCGGACAACGCGAUGAAUAUAGGCUUCAACGAGUCGCAGUCCUCGAUGCUCAUCUCUAUCAUAGGAAUCUUGAACAUGUUCGGAGAGAUCUUACUCGGCUGGGUGGGCGACUGGGAAUGCGUAGACGCAAGCUUAGUCUACGCGGGUUGCAUGGUGCUAUGCGGGGUGGUCACAUUGCUUGUACCAUUACUGACUUCAUACUCGGGGCUGGCGGCAGCUGCCGGCGCCUUCGGCAUGUUCAUAGCGGCGAAUUACUCGCUGACCAGCAUCAUACUGGUGGAGCAGAUCACUUUGGAGAAGUUUACGAAUGCGUACGGCCUGCUGCUGCUCAUGCAGGGCGUGGCCAACCUGAUAGGCCCGCCGCUAGCAGGCUGGGUGUACGACGUGACCGGAAGCUACGACCUCUCGUUCUACCUCGCCGGAGUAUUCAUCGGUUUGUCCGGCCUCAUACUGGUGGUGCUGCCGAUCUGUUCCCGCGCCCGUAGAGCUAGCAGAGCCAGGCGGGCCGCUGCCAACGGGCACUCAAAUACCAACGGGAAGCUGAUCGUGUGAGCGAAAUGUUAAUAGCAACGACAUGAGCUCAUCGUAAAUCUAUAAAAAAAAUACCCUUAACACUAUUAUUAUAUUAUACAGUAGAACGCCGAUUAUCAGAAUUAAUAGGGUAUUUGACAGUGUUAAAAAUAAAGUGCCAAUUGUUAGCAUCUGUGUUUAGAAUGAAAAUUGGCAGGGGUUUUUACUAUUUUUUUUUUACAAUAAAAAUAGGUAUUCAUAAUUUUACUAAAACCUAACGAAAAAGAUAAUAGUUUUCUUAUCUAUUGUCACGUGACCCAAAACGAUUGGGAUUGGCCGAGUCUAAAAAGACGUCACACGCAAGUAAACUUCCAGUUAAAGUGACAUUACAUUGCAUCGUUUGACGUUUUAAUAACAGUCGUGUGACGUCACGCACCAGUAAGACGCCAUAUUGUCCAGAGAAACGUUUUCGCGGCACCUUGAAAAUGGAGUUUUUGAUUUGGUUAUUUUUACUGAAAUACACAACAGAGUGAUGAAUAUCAACCUUUUACGGACUCCAUAAACAUUAAACAAUAACGUCAGAUCGAU